AUGGAGCAUUCCAAUAUUCUGACGGUUUCGAUUGUCUCGCCCCAAGAUCUUGCUCGUCUCCGACGAAUACACGACAUUCCUUCUUCGAUCGAGCUCGUCGUCCCGGAUAGGGGAGAGACGCCAAAGACGGUUCGCACUGGUUACAGCAUCGCCUACACUCCGUUCUUCGACGCAUGCAGGCUCUCUUUCCCCAUUCCACCGAGUCUCCUCACGAUUUUGGCAGAUUUGGGACUGGCAUUUCCCCAAAUGAACCCUAACUUUGUUCAUCAUGCUUUGGCGCUACUGGUUAGGGCAGCCGAAUCGAGAAUCCCCUUCGGAAUCGAGGAACUCCACAGGAUGUGCUCUAUCAAGAGCAAUUCUUCCUUCCUGGGAUCCUUUUAUUUGUCUCCUCGAAAAACUCGCAGUGUUUUCGAAGACAUCCCGGCUCGCGAUGAUCGUUGGAAAGAAAAGUACUUUUUCUUCCGGAUUAACGCGCACUCUGUCAGAUCUUUCGACUUUAGUCGGCUGCCCACCAUCUGGGCUCCGAGAGUUGUUGUUCCGAUUAACACCGGCUUGGAUAAAGUGCUUAUUGCUACUCUGCGGAACGGCGACUGUUCGUGGCCCAAUUUUACGAGGGAGAGAAUUCGUCGCGCGCUUGGAACAGAUACCCCACAGCUCGCUGUUGCUCCGAAUCUCGAGAUUGACCCGUUGAACCCGCCGUCUAUCAAUGGUCCAGCUAAUUUCCACCAGAUCCCGAUUGGCACCAGCCGUCGGGAAGUCCCAAACGCUACUUCUUCAAGCACCUCGCAUCAACCUCUGAUCCGCAAGCCAUCUCAAGGAAAAAUGACUCGAAGACCGUCAGCUCGUGAGGCCGAGAAAGCGAGGAAGAGCAGGGCUCAGGCUGAGAGCUCUGAACCUGUUCGCACUGGUGAGAUCCGUCGAGCUGUGAGUGACGCGCUUGAACCAGCCUCCAGAGCUUACGAGACUCCGACCGGAGGUCUUCCCGCCGACCCGUCGUCCAAAGCUAUCUCGCUCAGUUCCCGAGAUUCUGAGAGAACUUUGCGUCCGAAGAAGCAAAGGGUGGAAGAUCCGGCUCCAGAUAGGAGGUCGAAUUCCUCGAAUGGGUCGGGGGGAACGAUCCCGUAUGGUUGGACUUUCAACCAUACUAAAGGGUGCCCCAUCGCUGAUGACCCGGAGGGAGUAACCUUCAUCUUUCGGCAUUUCAAGCCUCUGGGUUGCGUGCUCCCUCCAGUUCGGGACAUGGCGGAGCGUGCUGCCUAUGUGAAAAUGAUGGCUGCUCAUGGACGGGGCGUUCUUUUGGUCAGGCUCUCGAGGCUGUCAACGAGUACUCUUCUAUACUUGAGGACAAGUCUGACCAUGCCCACCUCCGACGAGCUCGAGGAGGUGAAGAAGACCGUGUUCGAUCUUUCAUCGAAGGUCAAGAACGCGGAGGACAAGGAGAAGCGUCUGGAGGCCCAGCUUCGGUCUGCAAAGACGGUGGCGGAUUCUGCGAGCCGACGCGCUGACGAUCUGACUGAGCAGGUGCGUGAACUUAAGGAGGAGGUUGAUGCGAGGGUCAGGCGGGCUGUUCGGGAGGCGAAGCAGGAGUUCGCUGAGAAGUAUCUGGCCAUCUUCCACUCGCUCAAAGACAAAUGGGAGCAGAAGAAGGUCGAAGCUGCUGGAGCUAUCACGGCUCUGGAAGAAAAAGCUCGCCUCGUAGAGAAGAUUCCUGAGCUUGCUCAGAAACAUGCUGACGCGGAAGUGUCCGAUUUUUCUCUUGCCAAGCUCGAUCUCUCGCAGAUCUCGGAGGCAUCGGUGAGGCCGAUGGAGAUUGAUCCGAGGACGCAAGUUCCGCUCGGGCUCGAUCAGUUUGGGAGUAACACCGCUGCUGGAGGUGGAGACGAGCUGGUGGAUGACUCGGCGGUCCUGAUGGAGAAAGAUGGUCGCGAGAAUGAGCCUAAGGAGUAA